GAACUUCAUGCUUGUCGCGAGUUCGAGGUGAAUGUACCUAGACAAACGAAUAAGACUGACAACAUGACCAACCGCUUCCUCAGGCUUCAAGUCAACCCCAAGCCCUUGUCCUAUGAAGCACCUCCCUUUCCGUCCCUAUACUGGCCCUUCCCCGUGAGCGGACCUCAAAAUGUCUACCUCUACGACGCCGAAUCGAUGUGGCGCUUUACUCUCUACUGGACCUUGAUCGUCGUGGGCGGAGUACAUAUGAUCGCAGCUGCGUAUGCCUGUGCCAUUCAGUGGCGAAAUUGGAAGAUGAUUUGGAUGGUACCCGUGAUGUACGGUGUGGUUGGAGGCAUUGAGGCGGUGAUUGCGGGUUGUGUGACGGGCGGAUUGCUGGGUGGUGUGUAUACCUCGGGCUUCUUCCGCAUGUCGACUUGGGUUCCCUUUGGCUGGGGUAUCACGAAUGCUCUGGUUCUCAUCUUGGCUUCUUUUGCCAUUCAGGGAGGAAUGUGAUGAUGCUCACGACUCACGAAUCACGACUAUUGCAUGUACUUUUACUUUGGAAUCUGCCCAGGGGUAGGAGGAGGUGUUCUUCGUCUUCGUGAGAGAAGAUGCGAUGCUAUCAUAGAAGUCGAUGACUGGCGCAUCUUUUGGGAAUACAUACACAGGCGCAUGAGAUGAGACACGCACCAGGAGUCCAUGCUUUGUAUGACAGGACCUGGGUUCCUUCAAAGGACUGACAUGAUAAAUGGCUAUAGACAGAUUACAGAAUGACAUUCGGC